AAAGCUGCCCGAAUCCUACGGGCGUGCGACUGAUCCACUGAAUUGUGGGAAGGGGGGAAUCACGCGUCAUCCCUGAGACCUGCGUUUCUGAGGCAGGAGGGGCGCCCUCGGAGGGAAAGAGCGCUAGAGGGUUGGUGGAGCAAGGUGGGGGGGCUCUUUGGCGAGGCGGCGAAGAGAUAGCGAGGAAAAAUCGCUGCUUCCGGUUCCAGAGAUUGACGCCCGUUGAACGACACAGAUAUACGUGCGCGUCGAGGCCUAGGCAGGGGCCCCAGCCCGAUACAGCAGGAGGUGACACCCAGAUGGAAAACUGGAAGGGUGCGGACCACAGUUACAGCUGGAGACGCCAACACCCAGCAGUAGCACGCGGCUGACUUCCGACCUUUGAACCCCCCACCCCGUCCAGACCCUUGCCUGGCACCAGGGAGGGGAGCCUCCUGUCCGCCAAGAGCGAUGAGGCGUGGGAGGAGGAAAGGACAAGCCAAAGAAAAAGUGGUGUUUGGCUGCGAUCUCGUGGACCACACCACCAACACCAACCAAGAAAUUCCGCAGGUCCUGCGCUCCUGCACUGAGUUCGUCGAGGAGCAUGGAAUUGUGGAUGGAAUUUACAGACUUUCGGGAAUCUCAUCCAACAUCCAGAAACUCAGGAAUGAGUUUGAUUCCCAGAAGGAGCCUGACCUGAACAAGGAAGUCUACCUGCAAGACAUUCACUGUGUUAGCUCCUUGUGCAAGGCCUACUUCAGAGAACUGCCCAACCCUCUGCUUACCUACCAACUAUACGACAAAUUUGCGGAUGCCAUAGCAGUGCAGCUGGAAGAGGAGCGACUGGUCAAGAUAAAGGAAGUGCUGGAAGAACUUCCUAUUCCUCAUUACAGGACCCUUGAGUUCCUGAUGCGCCACCUGGUCAGAAUGGCCUCACAUGCACCACAAACCAACAUGCACUCUCGGAACCUGGCGAUCGUGUGGGCACCGAAUCUCCUGAGGUCAAAGGAUAUUGAGACCACGGGAUUCAAUGGGACUGCCGCGUUCAUGGAGGUACGGAUUCAGUCCAUUGUAGUGGAGUUCAUCCUAAUGCACGUGGAACAGUUGUUCGAAGAAGACCCCAAGACAGAGCCCCAGAACAAGCGGAGGAAAUCCCUGCCUAUUUCGCCCUCCCUGCAGUCAGAUGAGUCAUUUUUCAGAGCCCUGCCCUUCAACGUCCCCAAUUCCAUCAGCCCAGGGGAUGGGCCGCUACCCAUGCGCCCCUACCACGCCAUCAUAGAGGUGUCCGAAAACAAGAGGAAGGGCUCUCUGAAGGGCAGGAAAUGGAAAUCCAUUUUCAACCUCGGCCGGUCUAGCAACGAGACCAAGAAAAAGGGCAAGAGUAACAGCAAAGAAAAAGAAAAGGUGAACCUCAGACCAGCGAAAAGUAUGGAUUCUCUAAGCUCGGUGCCAUAUGUGCAAGAUGUUCCCAUGUCGAACCGCAGCUCCAGUGAGAUGCUAGGGCAGGAGUGCUUUGGCAGCGGAGAGUCCCCCACCCUCGGCCCCAGCGCCGCUCCCUCUGUCGUCCCGGUGGCGGAGGGGCUGAUGGGGGGCAGCAGCUACGCCGUGACCUACCGCCGAGGGGGAGGGGCCAGCGUCAGCGUCCUGAGCGGGGCAUACGGGAAGGCCGAAUCCGGGCCCUCCAGCCUGGGGAGCUACUCGAUCACCGAGACCGGCCCGUCGAAGUCGCCGAAGGUCCACGGCAACCGCGCCGAGAAACGGGCCGGCAUCCACAUCUCCGGCCCCUUCUCGGUGACCGUGCCCCUGCACAUCACCUCCGGCUUGGCGAUGGGCGUCCUGCAGGGGGUCAAUGUGGACGCCGGAGACCGCAAGGCAGACAAAAUGGAAACAAGAGAGGAGGCCAAAGACCCAGAAUGCCAGCCUCAGCAUCGGGACGGGAUGACCGAGGGAAAGGUCCCGGAAAAGAAUGUAGACGACACCCCCCAGCCGGACACGAUGGAGACAGGACACUCUGCGGGUGACUCUUUGGGCAGCGAGAGCGAGUCGGGUGACAAAGACCACGGGAACAGUGAACAGAGUAGCGUCAGCUCAGAGGAAGAAGAGGAGGAUCAGGAUGCUGAUUAUAUGGACAUGCGGAGAGACAUCGGUUAUGGAUGCCCUCAUGAUUUCAGCCUGGAGCUGCAGGACACCUUUGGUUUCCUGGACCUCAUUGACAGGAAUGAUACGGUGGAGGAGUUCUCUGUGGAACCUCCUUGCUAUGAAGAUGACGAUGCUUGUCAGAGCUUCAGCAGCGAGAUGUACGAACCGCCCAGCAGUCUGUCUCCGGAGUCGACAGACUUCAGAGGGAUCCCCCCAGAGAACGAUAAUGAUGACGACGACGACGAGGAAUUUCACAGUGUGCCAGACCACCUUGACCUCACCGAACUGAGACCAUCGGAACCGCUCCCCACAGCGGACUCCCGCCGCAGCAGCCAGGACAACCAAGUGACGGAAACUGCCCGGACCAUUGGGGAAGACGAAAAGGAAACCACUGAGCCUGACCAAAGUUUGACACGUCUUUCAGAUGACCGUGCCAACGAAGCGAAGCUCCCUCCAACCGGAGCCCUACAAGAGAGUUUGGAAAUCAUUGAAGAUCUGCAAACAGCUCCGGCCGACACCAGUCCACCGCCUGAAAGCGAACAGAACUAUUUGGUGACCAGCAUUUCGGAAAACGCUGGUCAAACUGAGAAUGAACUUCAGCUUGAACCAAAGGUUGAGGAACGCAUAGAAGCAGAACCAGAUGGAGGCUGUAAAAAAGAAAACCACGUCAUGACUGGAGAGUCCGGUAGGAUUCUUGAAGAUAUUCCAAUGAAUCCUGAACCGCUGGAUGAUACGUUAGAAUCUGCUGUUGCUCCGCUUCAUAAGGACAGUGUGUUGCACUGUGCAGGCGAUGUCGUCGAACUAAGAAUAACAGAAGACAGCUAUACGCUGGAAUGCACAGAGUUCAGAUAUAGUGAGAGCUGUGUGCAGAAUGCUUGUGUCAAAUCGGGGACUGUAAAUAUAGAAAAUGACCGAAUACAAUGCUUGGGGAUCCAGCAAAGUAUGGGAGUAAGCUGCACCAAUGACCCACAAGGAAAUGAGACGCAUUUUGUUCCUGGAAGUUCACACGAGACUACCUCUGGCCCACAGCUGGAACAGGAUUUCGAUACAGGCCUGCAGAACCACCCUGCCUGUGCCUCAGAAGUCCUAGAGGUGCUUACGGGGGUUUUAAAUGCUAUAGAUCAGCAGCCCGAUUCUGCAAGUUCAGCAUCGUCCGAGGUGCCAGCAACAGUUAAACUAGCCGAGGAAGCCACUGUUUGCACAGAGAACCAGGGGAAGUUUGAAGCUACGUGUGACGUCAAUGAGUUAGAUGCAAAGACUGACACCAAGGGGCACCUAGAGCCUGUACAGAAUGCGCCGGCACCGGAUCCAGAGGGAGACAAACCAAGUUCCCUGCUUGCGCUUGAUGAUGGCAACUUGAAACCAGAUAAAGAUGAGGAGCUCAGCAAGGAGGUCACUAAUGAAGAGACUGAAGGCCUGGAGGCUACAUCGGACUCCGGUGCAGGGUCAAACAGUGCUGCUGGUCCAGAUAAUGAGGUUGCCGGGAGUGCAGAAAUGAGAGAUGAUGUACAGGAAGAGCCAUGUCCUCAUCUGACGAAGGGAGAGGAGGAGGAGGUGCACCCAGGCCAGACCGAGCCAGGAAUGGAGGGCUCGGAGCAGGGGGAGAUCGAACCGGCACUGUUCGAUGACGAGGGCGGCGCUCGCAUGAAGCUGGCCAUUUCGGGUAACGCCCUGCCCAGAGUGUACCAAGUGAAAUCGGUGCCCGUUGUGCCCCCCAAGCCCCAGUUCUCCAAACUGCCCCCUGCUUUGAAAAUGAAACACCAGCUGUUCCACCACCAGGAGGCGAAGCCGAAAGAGGGAGAGCAGGAGGGCGAGAGAGGGGGAGACGACGGCGGGAGAGAGAGAAACUCCUCUCCCGCGGGGGGCGGGGAGACGGGGAAGGACAGUGACAGCGAGGGAGACAAGGGAGGGGGCGGCAGGAUCGGACACAACGUGCCGGCCAGCAUCUCUUUCGACGAGGCCUGGGCGAGGGCCAUGGACAGGCACCCCAACAAGGUGCCCGUCCGUCGGAUCCAGACCUGCGGAGACUCGUCACCCACAGCCUCGCCCUCCGUGCCCAAACUGGCUCGGCACGCCUACAGCGACAUCACGGGGCAGGCUGUCCAAUCGGGAGCGGCGGCGGCGGCCGUGGCCAAGAGAAAGAGCUUUCCCCACAUGAAAUUGGCUUGCAUGGAGACAGAAGACGAACGGAAGAGGAGGUCUCUGAUGAUGGAAAGCAGGAGUGGUGGGGGAGACUGAGCGGGAAGCACUGGCGCAAGGGGUUGAGGCUAGAGAGAUGCUGCGAUAUGUCUGAUCUGCUCUACAGGCAAUCCCCUUUAACGCUAGAAUUACUGGAGUUGUACACAUGUUCUGUUCACAAUCUAGUUUAGAUAUCUGAUAGAACUGCUUAUCAACAGUUUACUAAUGGUAUUUGCAAUGUAAUAAGCAGUUAUAAGAAUACCCGUAUGAUAUAGUUCUGGAUGUGGGCCUAUAGGUAUAGUGCAGGCUAUGGGUAGGAUUGGACUAAGUUACUAACAUCCUGUAAAUGUUGGUAACGAUCCCUGUCACUCUCCUAGUUUCAAAAACAUUUUUAAAUGGCAUUAGAAUAACUGUGAUUUUUCAUGCACAUUGGACUAUUGCCACAACCGAAGCAUUGUAAGCAAAUUAAUUCACUGGCCGUCCCCUCAUAUUAAGAGGAUGAUGGUCGUCCAUGACUAUGAUGGAUUCAGCUAGGAUCAGAGUCCUCUCUGCCAGGUGUGGGUUCUAUGUCUGGAUGUACACGGCGCAGGUCAGUUACAGAGAGACUCGCUUCACUUCCUCUGACACCCCAACACCUUGGGUUGUGGUUGCUUUUAGAUGCAGGUGUAACCAAAUGACAUUCUGCAUUAUGCAUUUACAGCAGAGUCCUGGAUAAUAAAUUAAGAAUAUCAAAAUGGGAUACUAACCUGUAUAAGGAGAUUAUUCCAUCUCACAGGCAAAACGACAGCUCUGGUAGUUCUGGUUAUAGCAUAUUACACAGCCUUUAUUGCUCUGGAAAUGUUAAUUAUCCUGCUGUUUCUAGAUCAGCAGUACAGAUAUUUACUAAAACCCAGCCCCCAUGUGCACCGGAUACAGGGAAUGGAGUCAUUAAAGUCCAAAAUGACAACUCUGGUAGUUCUAGUGUUAACCUCCAAUUUAAUGUUUGUGUGUGAGAGUUGUGUACUUGUGUGAGUGGGCAAAAGGAGUACAGAAGAUGCAACUAGUGUUGUAGAAGAAAAGAUUCUAAUAAGGGAAAAACACAUGACAAAAAAAUAUAUAUUUUAUACCAAAUCCAUAACAGGGUGAGGACCAGCAUUUUGCAUCUAGAGUUCUCCAAGUGUCCCACAGCCCUCUAGAAUUUCUCAUCUAAAGAUGCACCUUGUUGUUUAUUUGAAAACGUUCCGUUGGACUGCAGAUCUACCUGUGUCUUGGGUUUUGCACAUCUGCAGUCAACUUUUGUUCAUUAUUUUUUUCUAUUUGUGAGAGCUAGAAGAAAAAAGAAUAACUGUGGUAGAUCUGGACCUCUGGUAAACCAUGUUCACAUACAGGUGUCCGAAAGCACUGUGUUAAUGUUGGAAAAUGUUUGCUGGACAAUGUUUUGUACGACUCCGUCAGUGUCCAUCCAGCCCUCCAGGCUUGAUCUCGGACUGUCUUCCCUAGAAAUCCAGCGGUUGUCAAUUACCUCCCGUUUCUACUGGCAGAAGCUACAAGACGCCCACAGCUACAAGAUGAAAACAUUCACUCUGCAGGAUACUGUCCGACACCACCUCAAAACGUGCUUCUCAAACAGUUCUCACUCAGCUUUUUUUGGCUGUUCCGCAACAGGGGUAGGCCCAUGGAAAAUUUCACUUUCCGUCUGGAGCAAUUGUGUUCAACCGUCUGUUUUGGGUACCCAGAAAGCGGAGAAACUCAGCAGCACCCCUGCCUCCGCAGUGCAUGGAGUUACCACCACAGAAAGAUGCGCAAGAUACCAGAUUCUGCGAUACAUGACCAGUGACUGUCCGCACUUUCGUACCAUAGCAAUUUAUGAGCACAUAAGUCAAUGUAUCAUACAUGGGCAUGCUCACUGCCCAAAAUAUUCGGUUUCUAAUAAUGUUAGUUUUGUAAGCCACAACAACGCAAGGUUUUGAUAUAUCUGCUGUCCAGGCCUAUACCACUAUUCUGGCAGGAUGGUGUUCAUCUGAAGUUGUGAUGUUGAGCGAAAACUGUAUGCAACACCAUUUCCACCAUUUUGUCACAGGAUGGAGAUCGGGGUAACUGUUGAGGGAAGGCUAUAGAAAAUCUUUCACAAGUUCCUCAUGAUGAGCUAUGUAUCCUUCAGCCUUCUUUUGAGAACUACACAUUUGACCUAAUAUUUUGGCCAGUGAGGGUAAAUUAAGUUUGAAAACCUGCAUCGAAUGGGUUUGUGUAAAUGAACAGACCAAUAGGAAGUGAUUACCAAGAAAUCAACUGAUUACUUUUGUCAAAAUAAUCCUCUAGAGACACAAGAGUUUAACAACCCAAACCAGGGGGAAUUCUCAUACAAAAACUAACUUUCUUUUAAUUUUCUCUGCAGUCCUUUUUUUCCUAUAUUUUUUAUUAUCCCGUCUUCUUUAUGCAAUUUUAGUGUCGCACAUGUGACCGUCGCGGUUCCGCGCCCCCGCCGCCCGUUUCGUCCCGCACCUUGGGCGCGAACCCGGGUCUCCGGCGGAAUCGCCUAUUGUUUCUACUAGAACCUGUUUCUACGCCGAGUGAGCUAAAGGAGACCUCCCCCAGCCCAGGCGGCUGAGGUCCCUGCUACGCGCAGUGAGGGCGAUGACGUCACCGUGUCCGAACUGGCUCCGCGACACACACAUUUCGCGUGUAUUUUUAAACCUGGGCCUAACAAGGGGAAAAAAAAAGAAAAAAAGAAAGACAAUAAAACUGAACAUUGCGGCCUUUUAUGUAAAAUGUAUAAAAACAAAAUGUUCUUUUGUAUGUUUAGGUUUUUGAAAAAACCUAAUAAAAUCUAUUUGUAAGCAAUCAAAA